AAUGUCUCCAUGCAUUUUCCCAUUUUGGUCCUCCAGAUUUUUAAAGUCAGCACCCCUGUCUCUUCAGACCAGUAAAACUAAACAAUGGUGAAAGAGAAAGAAGUUGAAUUGAUCGGCCAGAUUCUGGUGAACCCCAAACAAUCCUUGAAGGCACGCUUCCGCGCCCUUUUCACCUUACGUAAUUUGGGGGGUCCAGCUGCGAUUGAGUGGAUCAGCCGAGCCUUUGAAGAUGACUCGGCUCUCCUGAAGCAUGAGCUGGCAUACUGCCUUGGUCAGAUGCAGGACGAGAGGGCCAUCCCAGUCCUCAUUGAUGUGCUCCAGAACACAUGUCAGGAACCCAUGGUGCGACAUGAAGCAGGUGAAGCUCUUGGUGCCAUUGGAAAUCCAAAAGUACUUGAUAUAUUGAAACAAUAUUCUGAAGAUCCUGUUGUUGAGGUAGCAGAGACCUGUCAGCUGGCUGUGAAGAGGCUGGAAUGGUUUCAGGAGCACAAGGCAAAUUCUGCCGUCAACCCUUACCACUCUGUGGAUCCAGCACCUCCCGCGGAGGAGAAAGACGUGGGGAAGCUGAGGCUCACCUUGCUGGAUGAGUCACAGUCACUCUUUGAGCGCUAUCAAGCUAUGUUUGCAUUACGGAACAUUGGAGGAGAAGCUGCUGUUCUGGCACUUGCUGAUGGCCUCCAAUGUGGCAGUGCCCUCUUCCGCCAUGAGAUUGCCUACGUGCUGGGCCAGAUGCAGCAGGAGGCCAGCAUUCCACAGCUGACGGCAUCCUUGGAGAAUGUGGCAGAGAAUGCCAUGGUGCGCCACGAGUGUGCCGAGGCUUUGGGUUCCAUUGCUAAGGAGUCCUGCCUGACCACCCUGGAGGAGUUUGCCAAGGAUGAAGAGCGGGUCGUCCGGGAGAGCUGCGAGGUGGCGCUGGACAUGUACGAUUAUGAGAACAGCACUGAUUUCCAGUAUGCUGACAGUCUGAGCAAACUGAAGGCCUUCAGCUGAAGAAGCAGGACUUCUCUCAGCCGGCCUCCCACACUUUUAUUGGCCAUUUCAGUGUCAUUUGUUCUCUGUGGUUUCCAUAAGAGUGCCGGAAGGAGACCAUGUGGACGAAACCUUCAAGCCUCUGUCAUUAAUUUAUUUUUUUUCUUUGGUUCUGUUUGGUGGAAGGGGAAACACAGCUGUUAUCAAGGACUUAGAAUUAUAUUGAUAAUGGAAAUGCUUUGCAGGGGAAAAAAACCACCCUUUUCUUGUGAAAAGUAGUUGCCAUUUUUAUUAGCUACCCUUAAAAGAGCUCUUCCUCACCAUAUGAGCUAACCCCGCACGACUUGUAAAGCACAAAGACAGGCAAAGCCCAAUUCUGUCUCAGGUGAAUCAUAGAAUCAUAUGGUUGGAAGCGACCUUGGAGAUCUUCUAGUCCAACCCCCUGUCCUAGGCAGAGUCCUUAAUCCAUGUUGGACGAAUAGUUGUCAAUUUUUUUUCUUGAAAACCACCAGCAAUGGAGCACCAACAACAGGCAGGCUGUUACACAAUUGUUCUGCCAGGAACUUUCUCCUUAGUUCCACUGAUUAGUUCUGGUGAUCCAGUGAUUGUGGAAAUAAACAAGUAGAAACAACCGUGGAGGGAUUGUCCCUCAAUAUGGUCCCAAACUAUGAAGGGCUUUAAAGGUGACAACCAGCACCAGAAUCAUAUUGGCAAGCAGUGCAGCUCACCAAUAGCAAUGUUACAUGUGCCAAACAAACAUCACCCUUUACUAUCUGUACUGCUAUGUUCUGCACCAGCUGAAGCUUCUGAAUGCUCUUCAAAGGUAGCCCCACGUAGAGUGCAUUGCAGUAAUGCUUACUGGAUUGAUCACUAUCGCAAAGAAUAAGACUGAACUUAGGUUAGAAACUGAACUUUCAAAUUUAGAACAAGGCUUUUCUGUUCCAUUGCAAAAGAUAAAAUAUUUUCUCCUGAGAUCUACUUGGGUGUUGGGCAAAGCUUCAGGGAAUUAAGCUCCAUGUUUGAACUAUUUUUCUUAAACUCAGUUCCUGUGGGGAUGGAAGUUUCACUUACAAUUACAAGCUGGGAAGGGGUUUCCCUGCAUCUGAUUUAUUUCCUCAGGCAUUCAUUUGGAGCCAUGAGUUAAUUUACCAGUUUAGUGGGCUUUGAAUUUAUUUUUACUAAGCAAAGAUAAAAAUCCUAUAUUCUUUAAAUGGGCUAAUUCCACACACAUACACAGAUGCAUCUAAUUCUUGAGCUGAAUUACACUAGUUUUAUUGGUUUUACUCCUUAAUUUGACACGCAGACACGAACCUUUGGCAAUGUGCAUUUUGCUGCAUAUAGUCAAAAUUGGGAUGUGCCCCAUUGGCAGAAGAAACCCAGUGCUUUCAGUUAAGUAGAUUAGAUCUUCAAGAUCAAACUAAUGGGAACACAGUGGAUUUCCUGCAGGGCAUGGAAAAUGCGUCCUUUAGCUCCAUGACAUGAGCUGAUAAAACUCUUCAAAGGAGAUAAACUAAAUGACACUCCCGCUGGCCUGGAUGAAUGGACUAUGGAAGAUUUGGGGAAUUUGGAGGGAUGUUUUUGCCUCCCUUCAAUGGACCAGCCUUUCAUUUUCCUUUUAGAGUUGUUUUGUAUUUAUUGUUUUAAAUUUGAAAAGCCAUCCAGAGUUGUUUUGUAGCCUAUAAUUUAGGUGAUAAACUCGUCAAAGUCCUCUUUUUCCUUAUUGUACAGAUAUGCAUUGACCACAGUGGGGAAAAUAAAAUAAGACAAAACAAUGUGUCUAACCAUCU